AUGCAUUUCCAAUUGAGCGCAGUUCUUUCAAUUGCAUCUGCCGCAGUUGCAGUUGCAAGUCCAACAUGGCAGGAUGCGUCAUGGGAACAUGCACUUGCUAGUAGAGGCCAUCCAAAGCAAACAUCAACAAGACCGAAUGUGCAAUGUCAUCCCAAAACCCCACACACGCCUCCACCUUCUCCACCAGCAAGAACCAAAAUUUGCUAUGUCAAGAGUGUCGGCAAUGGAACUGAUGACUCUCCAGCCAUCUUGAGUGCGCUUCAUGAGUGCAAUAACGGUGGUCAUGUAGUGUUCAGUAAAGGUGUCACAUACUUGGUUGGCACAGCAAUGGAUUGGACUUUCCUUAAGCACAUUGAUCUUGACAUCCAAGGCGAAAUCCUCUUCUCGGACAAUACGACAUACUGGCAAGCCAAUUCCUUCCCAUUCGUCUUCCAAAACGUCACCUCAUUCUUCAAGCUCGGAGGAGAAGAUGUUUUCAUAUACGGAGGUGGUACUCUUAAUGGAAAUGGCCAAGUCUGGUAUGACCUUUACGCCAGUGACAUUUACACACUCAGACCAGUUCUUAUCGGAAUUGAUGGGCUUAAAGACUCAGUCUUGACCGAUUUAGUUCUGCGUUAUUCUCCAGAAUACUACAAUUUCAUUGCAAAUUCUAGCAACGUUGUAUUCAACAAUAUCGACAUCGCUGGUGGAAGCACAAGUAAAAAUCUUGCGAAGAACACCGAUGGAUGGGAUACCUACCGCAGUGAUAGCAUUGUGAUACAGAACUCCGUCAUCAAUAAUGGAGAUGAUUGUGUUUCUUUCAAGCCAAACAGCACCAACAUCUUAGUUCAAAAUCUUAUCUGCACUGGUUCCCACGGAAUCUCUGUUGGAUCCCUCGGUCAAUAUGUUGGAGAAUAUGAUAUUGUCCAAAACGUAUACGUCUACAACACUUCAUUGCACAACGCCACCGACGGCGCACGCAUCAAGGUUUGGCCCAACACCGCCUCAGCUGCCAGUGGCGAUCUUCAAGGAGGCGGAGGAGACGGCAUGGUAAGCAACAUCACCUACGACACAAUGUAUAUCGACAACGUCGAUUACGCCAUCGAAGUCGACCAAUGCUACGGUCAAAAAAAUCUAACCCUCUGUCUCGAAUACCCAUCCCCUCUCACCAUCAAGGACAUCGUCUUCAAGAACUUCACCGGGAAAACUAGCAAGAAAUACCAGCCUGAAAUCGGUACAUUUGCUUGUUCGAGCACAUCGGUCUGUAAUAAUAUUGUAGCGAGUGGCAUUAAUGUGUUGAGUCCAAAUGGUACGGAUGAGGCUUAUUGUCUCAAUGUUGAUGAGACGGCGUUGGAUGUUACGUGUACUACGAAUUACUUGGGGUUUAAUUAG